AUGGCGGAAGGACUUUCAUCAAACUGGAAAAGGCUGCAGGCUACAAUCAAAACGGAAUCAUCCACAACAGCCAACCCAUCUACCAAGAGGAAGGCCGACACUCCUGCUCCAACUCAGUCUAAGCGUCAAAAGUCUGAGAAAGCGAAAGCUCCUUCACACGCCAAUCCACAUCAAACAUCCCGUAGUGACAGCAAGCCGCGGGGAGGUGCCAUGGGCGUAUCUCAAUCGUCAGCUGUCGCGAAAGGAUCCUCAUCGACGGUAAAUCCUUCACUGGCGUUAUGGGCAAAAGAUUACGACAUCUCAGCCGAGUCCUUAGCUGAGGCAUACGGACUGGGCAUCAAACGCAAUGCUCUAGUGGUCUCAGAAAAACCUCGCGUUAACGAGGGUCUCGCUCCUGGUGUGGAGAUUGGAAAGUACGUCGCAAUGGACUGCGAGAUGGUCGGUGUUGGACCCGAUGGCCACGAUUCCGUCCUCGCUCGUGUCAGCUUGGUGGAUUUCAAUGGACGACAAGUCUACGAUUCCUUUGUGCGUCCAAGGGAGCGCGUCACAGACUGGAGAACGAAAAUAACCGGCAUAACGCCAAAACACAUGGCGACGGCCCGCGACUUCGACGCAGUCCAGCAAGAAAUCGCGGAUUUAAUCAAAGGCCGCAUUCUUGUGGGACACGAUAUACGCCACGAUCUUGCAGUGUUGAUGCUUACUCAUCCAAUAACGCACAUACGAGACACUGCUCGGUUUUCCGGCUUCAGACAAUACGGACAUGGGCCAAAACCGGCAUUGCGGGUACUGGCGAAAGAACUUCUCAAUCUUGAGAUUCAGACCGGGCACCAUUCUAGCAUCGAGGACGCCAAGGUUGCCAUGCUACUCUUUCGGAAGAAGAAGCCAGAGUUUGACAUGGAACACGCCAACAAGUUUGAAAGAGCGGAAGGGGCUGGACGCUCAAAAUCAAAACCGAAAUCCGGCAAAAAGAAGCGCUGA